AACCACGCACGCAGACGCAAGCAGUGGCUCAGAAAUGGCGGCCGAUACUGGCAGCUCUGCGCUGCAGCUACCCUGCGUUUUUUCACCAAAAUCACGACAGUACUUAGCAUUGUGUGCCCAGGAUGGCAGACUUCGCAUUUGGAACACAGAUAGUAAAACAGUUCACCAAGAAUACGUGCCUUCAGCCCAUUUGAGCGCCACUUGUAUCUGCAUAGCUUGGGGACCAUGCCGGACAGUCAAGGAGGGGCCUCAGAGGAAGAAGAGGAAAUCAGAGGCAGGGCAGGUGGAGGAGAAGGCAGACCUGUUGGCGAUGGGCACAGCAGCGGGUACUGUGCUUAUCUACAGUACAGCAAAGGGAGCACUGCACUGUACUCUGGAUGGAGGCCACAGUGGAGGAGUGAAUUGUGUCCAGUGGCACCCUGAAGACAGUUUAUUAUACAGCGGCUCAGAUGACACAAACAUCAUAGAGUGGGACCUGCAGACGGGCAAGGCGCGAAGUAAGUGGAAGGCGGACCGUGCAGCAGUGACCAGCUUGUGUGUGAGUCCUGAUGGCAAACUGCUGCUCUCAGCUGGUCAGAUUAUCAAGAUGUGGGACUUGGACACCAAGGAGGUUUACAGGAAGUUCACAGGCCACUCCACAGCUGUGACGACCCUGUGCUUUGCCACCACGCGGCCUCCUGACAGCAACGGUCUUUAUUUCCUGUCCGGUGCUGCACACGAUCGGCUGCUCAGUGUUUGGCAAGUACGGGAAGAUGGAAAGGACAAGAACUCAGUGGUGUCCUUCACACUGACGGACGAGCCACGACACGUAGACCUCGUCACGUCCAACAGCAAGGAAGAGGCGGUGAGGUUGGCAGUGGUGUGUAAGGACGGGCAGCUGCAUCUCUUUGAGCACUUUUUAAAUGGGCCCUGUAAGAAGCCGUUGUCACCCUCGUGUACGGUGCAGAUGACGGACACAAAGGACUCCCCGGUGCCAAUCCCAAUGCUGGCCGCUGCCCUGGGAACUGAUGCACGGACUCUGCUGCUGGCCUACGGGAACCACCUCCAGCCAGUCAUGGAGAAAGUGGAGAUAGACACAGCAGAGAGACACGUCUGUUUGACUCGGGAUGUUCACACCAGCUUGUCCCUUUCAAUGGAGACCACAGUUUCCAAGGUGAAAACCCCGAUUGUCAAUGCCAAGAGCAGAGUGUUGGUCCCAGGGCUUCCUGGUCACCAAGCCCCAGUGAAGGGAACCUCACAGGGAUCAGAGAAGAGGAAAAAAGACACCGACACCAAAGAGAUGUCAAUAGCAGAGCGACUUGGUGAAAUCGACCUGUCCACAGUCUCCCAGAAGGGUGCUCCCAAGGGGACGGCCUCUUUACAGACGGACAACUUUGCGGUGCUGUUGGUACAGGGACUGGAGAGCAACGACCCCAACAUCCUAAACAAUGUCCUCCAGACUCGUAAAGACAUGGUGAUAAAGAAAACAGUUGCUCGGCUACCCCUCCCUGCUGUUUUACCUUUGGUGGAAGAGCUCACAAAGAGGCUCCAAGGUCACCCUUAUGCGGCGGUUUUAAUGGUACGGUGGCUCAAGGCUGUGCUCAUGCAACACACAUCAUACCUGGCAUCGCUGCCAGACCUGGUUACCCAACUGGGAGUGCUUUAUCACAUGAUUGAGAGCAGAGUCAAGAUGUUCCACAAGCUAACGAAGCUGCAUGGGAAACUCUAUCUCCUAAUGACACAGGUGGCGACAAGUGACAGCAGCAACAGGGUGACAGAUGUUGACCACACAGCUAAGCUGGUGUAUGAAGAAGAAUCAUCUGAUGAAGAGGAGGCUUCUGGUGACGAAGGUCUUCCUGACGACGGCGACGACUCUGAUAACUGGGAGGAGGAGGAGGAGGCGACAGAGGAGAAAAUGGAAGAAGACAAGAAGGAUGAAGCAGACGAGGAAGAGGACGACCCAGACAGAACAGAUUCCAAAGCCAACGGAGAGGAAGACAUGGAGCAUGAAAACGAGAGCGAAGAGGAGUGAGAACAAAUGAGGAGAAAUGCCAAUCAUACAUUUAAAGGAUGGACCUGAAAGAGUUAUAUAUACUUUCAUUUUAUUUUCAUGCUUUUGAUUUUAUUAUCAGAACAAAGUAUGGUUUUACAAAACAAGGGACACAUGGUGUUGAAACGUGGGCAGCUCGGCCCCCUGCUUCACCACAACACUGUUCAGCCACAAGGUUGGUGAUGUCAUACCCCCCCCCAUCUUUUCCCCAUCUGAGGAACAGAUGCAGCAUUUUGUGGAGGAGGGCAAAACAUUCUGCAAAAUGAAAUUCAUGCAAGUUCCCCUUCUGUCAGUCCAGUCUGCAUCCCAGCUCUAUAACCUGAUUGUUUGCAUUGAAAAUGACUGAAUAAAUCUUUCUGUGGCGUUCAGUUUGCCUACACUGCAAUCUGCAUUCCAAAUUUUAUGUUAUGUAAUAAAUAGUAUUAAUAGAGUAUAUUGUAUGACCAUCUUAACAGUAGACGAGGCAGCACUCUGAUCAGUUUAUAUUAAAACACCUCUGUAGGCCAUCUGGUACACGCCUUGUUAUUCAGUGCAGGUGUAGAGUUGGGAUGCAGGGCCCUCAUACAGGGCCCCCAGCUGUUUGUUGUACAGAAUAGUGCUCAAUUCAGAGGUGGAUACAUCAUGUCCCCACACUGUAAAUCUGUAUGUACAGUGAAGUGUUUGUAUGAGCUCUUCCCUCUACAGCUAUCCCCCUGAAAUGCUUGGGAUUAAAUGAAUCUCUGUAAAGUCUCUUGAAUGUUGAUUUUUUUUUUUUUUCUUUUUUAAUAUUGUUUACUGAUUUGUUGCAGCCCCCUUGUUUUCCUUGUCUUCUCUUUUUGUGCGUUUAAUAUUUGGACAUGCCCUGAUGUCCACUGCCUUGAACCCAUAGUCACAGCAGCAACAGAAAAAAAGAAAAUGUGAACUUUGCUCAAAUAGGUGAAUAAAUGGGUUUUCAAAACGG